GGUUCUUUCGCUCUGAGAUUGAGUACAUCGAAGCUGACAUGAGAUUGGGGAACGAGAGAGCGACUCAUGAGAUGAAUCCUGAUUAGCGACUCAUGAAUCAACAAAAUGAACUCUCGUAGCUGUUCGUCUGCUUCAUCUGUACUUGUGCGCGGUUCGAUCCCUAGUUCACCAUCAUCGUCCUCCUCGAGCCGCUGCUUGUGGACAACGAGAACGUGUCGACCUACGCCAACCCGAGUUCGACGCGAUAAAGCUGGAGGUAUUUGUGGCACGACAAGGGGCGCACUACCACUUCCACAGCCGCAGAUCUCACCAAGCUUUUCUCAUGCAACUGCGGCUAGUGCAAACCUUUUCGUUUCUCCGCGUGGUCGAAGAUGUAUCACUACAUUCAUCUUGGAUCAUGAUAGGAAUCCUUCCGUGGUAGACGCUGGCGAAGCUUUUUUUUCUCCACGGCAGACUGGAGUUGGAGGGGUAUUCGAAUCCGAAAACAAGACGGAGUCCGGUUCUUCAUCAUCUUUUUCCGCGGCAGACAGUGCGAGUGACCGCUCUCCCGCGUCCUUACCACCAGAUGCAAGUAGCACUUCGGCUCCUGCACGACUCAGUUCAGUGGACGAAACUGCUACUUUGGUUCCUUCCAGUCCUGAUCACCUUGCAGUUCCACCAGACACUCUCAGGAGCCACGUUGGACUGCAUUCAGAAAGUGUAUCUUCUGGAGGUGGUGCUUCAGCGUCCGACGCCGCCGAGGUUUCUAGUAUGCCAAUAUUGGUGGAACGACCUGUACAGCAUCAAGCGGAUGUGGUUCUUACAAACGUCUCUGAUACUGCUGGUUCUGAUGCUUUCGCUGCUCCGGCACCAGAAGCGGCCAUUCUGGAGAAAGUGAUGGUCACGUGGUGGGGCGGCGAUGGCAGUACUCCACUCAGCCCGACAUGGUUUCCCACACAAGCUGCAAGCGAUACGCUCUACACCGUGCAUGACUAUCUGUGUGCGCCUUGUUCUCUCGGUUGGUGUGGCACGCUUAUCGCGACCUCUUUCCUUGUCCAGCUUGGCGUGUCAUCGUUGCGCAGCUGUCUGCUCAGUCUAUCCAAGGGCGCGACACCAGACGGCAACCCGCAGAGGAUGCAGGAAAUGCAGCAGCUUCGAGAAAAAGUAUUCAAAAUGAGAAAAAACGGAGUCGAGACCUCUGCGGAAAUGUAUCUCGCCAGAAUGGAAGACCUUCUGUGGCAAAACAGAUACUCCUACAUCGCGCAGUACGCUCCGAACUUAAUCCACAGCUUGUUAAGGCUAGUAGCAAUGAAAAAAUAGUUCUUCCUGGUGUUAGUUUCUCUUGUAUUACCUAGUGUGGUCGUCUUGUUUCUUCCUGUUCAUUCUCCGAGUCCGACAAAGCAUGUAAAUUAAUUAUAAUUUCUUUGUUCAUAAGUAGAUGUAGCAUUAGUUUACAAAGGACGAAAACUCAUGAGUUGUGCUACAAGUAGAGUCCACUUGUUGUUCCCUAUAAUGCGAUGAUCUUGAUUCAUCUCAACGACCACGACGUCGACCUCGACGCACAGAGGAGAAUACAAGAUAGUGCUUGACGAAAAUAGAUUGACAUUCAACUAAGUACAUUCUACUGCUCUGUCAUUGUUGUGGUAGAUUAGGUAGACUCUCUCUGACUCUAGUUGUACUUGCAGUUCUAAACCACCGAUAUUCCUUUUGCUCUAGAACUUCUUCUAAUUUAGGUUUUCGCAUCGACUCUACGAGCGCUGCGUCGCAUGUCUUUGGAGUCCAGUGUUCAUCUCUCAUUUGUCAACGAGCAUUGUGCGUUUCCAUGGUCUGAGAGUUUGGCCUUGCCGCAUGCAGAUGCGUCCUUCGUAUAUCUAGCGGCAAGUGGAGUGGCGCUGGUGGCCUACUCACAGGCGACAAAAAGCGUGUCAAACUGGCUUGCGCUUCUCAGUACCAAAACUUUAGAUUUAUACAGUUAUUGUUUUCGUUUUGUUUUGCUUGUUGAAAGGCAUACAAAAAAAACACAACACAAAAAAAGGGAAGACGCGCAAAUAUCGGGUCGUUUGAAAGUCGGCACGUUUGAAAUCUCGCCCCCCAAAAAGAUGCUGCAUUGACUGAAGAUUCAUUUCUUCUACUCGGCGAACUCGAUUACGAUUGUAGCUCCUUCUAUGUAAUCUUGUUGUAGCAGCUGCACUUGUACUGAAGAUCAUGUUGUUGAAAAUGAGCUGGAGCAUGAAGAUUCAGAAGAUCAUCCAAAACGAACGACACAAGGCGACCCUGAUCGGUGGCGCGCUGUUUUCGGAGGGAAAGGGCAAGAGUGGCGUGACCGUUUGCUUGGGAAAUCAACGGUGGAGGAGAAGGAAUUUGCAAUGCGACUGGCGCCGCCAGGACUUGCUUUCGGCUCAGCAGGUCUCAUCGUUUAUUUGCAAAAUAUACAGUACUUCAGCGCAGCAGAGGAGUUGUUUCUUCUGUCUACCCUGGUCUGCAAAUUUCGGGGAGCACCGGUGUUUGAAAGUAGUACAGCCUUUGGUAGAAACUACCUCAACUUGGUCGUUGGUGCCAAUCCAUCGAGCGAGGAAAGACACUUCCUGAAGAUGACGCAACCAGAGGCGGCGGCGGGGCUACUGCCUGCUAGUUCCAGUCUUGGUGGUACUGCGCGUAAACUUCACCAGGAGAGCGAGCGGCAGGACAACCACAAUAGCUCCAUUGCGGCCGCGAGAGGUGGUAGAAAUGUCGAAGUUGGUGCAGUAAAUCGAAGUCAUGCGGUAGACGAGACAGGAGCUGCUGAGCGGGGAAGAGUAGAACAAGAACAGAGAACAACUCCACCAGAGGAGAAAAUACCGCUGUUCACAACGAGAAACGGUCGUAAAUUUUUUCACGCUACGCAUAUUCCUAUUUCCAUGAAUUAUUCGCGGCGAGGCCGCUACAAGUCCGCUCGUGAGGCUAGCCUCUUCCAGGGUAAGGGGAAAGAGGCUAAAGAUGAGAGUGCGCAAGCACCUUCUCGACUUCUCAUCCCUCUAGCGCUCUGGCGUAAUCCGCGCGAAGCUCACCGACAAUUCGACAAGCUCUUGUGUGGCACAACAUUAACUGGGUCAGAGCGUCGAAGAGAGCGAGAAAAUUAUCGCUGUAGCCCGAUAAAGACCGCUGUCGAGGCCUGGUAUGCAAAAGAGGAGGAGCGCAAAAAGAAACAUCAAAUACCUGCACGUAAGUUCGCGUUCGCAAGCGGGAAAACGCUUUUCGGACUCCGGCAGGCGAUUUUGGGGUACAAAACACAGGCCACGAAUGCAGUCGAAGACGAGAGACGCAUGUUGGCUUCGCGAAGAGCCACAACCACUUUAGUAGACACUGAGGAGGUGCAACAUAUCUCGGCAAGACCACUGGACCUACCUUUUCCUCGGACAAUAUCAUGCGGCGCUUGAAGAUGAAUCUCCGUACUCAACCACGUAUUUUUGCAUAUCAAUGUCUUCCGAGUCCAACAUAGAUGCAAAAAUACGAAUACUGUUUCUCUCUUCGGAAUCUAUUUAUACCUAAUGCAGAUUGACGCAUCGGCUCGUUCCGCAUUGGUAGAGAUAACAGACUCACCAUCAGCACUUAACUUCUUCACCUUCAAAAAGUACUUACAACUUAUCGCUCAAAACCUAAUGAAUAGAGACAAAGUCUACGAUCAUUCUGCAGCGGUUGCCGGAUUAUUCUGCUUGUAAAACAAGUGAACUUACUAGUGCUGGGCGUGCAGGAAGGUGUACUUGGCAC